UCAUAUAUAACCACAACUACUUGAACUAACAUGACCCCCUUUCUCUACAGGCUAUUGUCAACAGAUGAGACUGUUGCCAGCAAGUUUCAACUUUGUUUUUGUAUUUGACCUUACUAUAGACUAAACUACAUGUCUGAGUCUCCGAAGGUGAUUCUGUCAAUUGUCUGCUUUUAAUUUAACCUUACCUAAAUAACAACAGAAAUACAUGAAUACAAUUUAGGCUACUUUAUUUUACUCUUUAAACAGUGAUUAUAUACUUGUGUCGACUGGUGGAUUCUUUUGGCUCAUUUCUUGAAAUUAAUUAGCUUGGCCUGAAAUUGACAAACACAGAAAGCAGAGCACAGUGAUCCUGGUUUCUGCCAAGAUCUCCUUGUGUGUCCUAUCAUGAGAAUCCAAAAACAACUCUUGGGGAGGUCUCCACCAGUGAGGGUCAACAGCAGUAGACACGAGGCCCACAGUGGUUUGGGGCCAGAGGUUAACUCAAACCUCAUUAUGAACAGACCCCACCUAGCUGAACUUCCUGAAUUUGUUCGUAAUUCACCCCAUGCAACGGGUCUGAUCCACGCAUGAACUCUAGGUUGUGAAACAACUGAAACUUUGGAGCAGCGCCCCUUUCACUGUUCCUCCUCCAGAGCCUUCCCUUUUUUUCUUUCCCCUGAUUGUCCCCCUCCCUCCCCCUGCAAACUCCCCCCAACUCUGAGCUCCUCCCCUGCUGAAAAGACACAUUUCCUGAUGUCAUUACUAAAUCAAAAUGCUGCUCGGCAAACAGAUGUUGUGAGAGGCCCAACAUGUGGGUUUGGUGACAUAAAUGGACAAGUUUGUCGUAAGAAAACAUAAACCAUGGAUUCAAUUUUUCAUUCAAUCAAUAAAACCCACUCUCUGUCACUGCUCUUUAAAGUCACAAGUGUUGACAGUGAGAAACUACCUUACAGAUAUAGCACACUCAAGUUUUCCCACACUUGUGGAGAAAUAUAUCCGUUAGUUGGCCCUUCAAACACUUCAUUAGCUAUGACUAAUAACUUCUUCCAGGUUGGGAAAAAUUUACCUAAAAACGAAAUCAUGGCUGUCUGCACACAACACCCUGCAGAGUCAUGAUUACAUCCACCCCAAAACGCUAAGCCCUAAAUGUUUACUUAUGUUUCCUAUUUGGCAGAGGCAGCCCAAAAGGCAAAUAAAUCACAUGCUGUGAGCUGGCCAGGCCCUCGACUGUGAGAAACUGAGACUAAAAAGCAGAACAAGAGUUAAAGAGUAAAGGGUUUUCAGAUGUGAGUCCAGCCAAGCUUGGGUGUGCUCCCUUUUAUUUGGGAGAAUGGAGAGGACAAUCUUUGUUGCCUCCACCCCUUUAAAAAGAAAGAAAAUCCUAAAGAAACGUGUGUUGGAGAGGGGAAGAGCUGCUGCCAAGGCGCAGGCCCGUCAGACAGAUCUUCGCAGAACAUCUGGUAACCGCGGGUAACACUAUUUGGACAUCUGGUAACCGAAGGUUACACUGCGACUCUUCCAUCCUGUCGGGUUUCCUGUUAUGCCUCGCUGUACACAGUCUAACAAGUUUAGGUUUAUUAUACAUGGUUGCCGGUUGGGGAAAACGCACCUUUAUUCAUUUUUUCUGACAUGAAGGGAGCACUUGGUUUCAUUGGGGUAUUCCUCUCCUUUCUCUGCGCUGGUGGGGCUAAUUCUUACAGUUGUAUGGACUAUUACAGCAUCUGUCAGGAAUUCUUUGGUGCACCAACAAUGGUGUGCCUUCACAAUCUGCUUCAAAAUCUGUGUAUCCCCAAAUUCAAUGAGGCAAUGACAUCAAUGAAAAGCACUAACUGGUGCACUUGGGGCAAUGUGAGCAACUAUUAUAGUAACCUAAGCCAUUGCACGGAGGAGAUAUCUGACUGUCUCAUGAUCCCAUGGCCAAACCCACUGGUGGAACAGACGUUUGUGGACAUCCACUCCAGGUUUUUCAAGGAAUGUCCCUCAGAGGAGCUCAGUGACCCCCCCCCAGUCAUUGUCAUGGCCCUGGUGAUAACUCCCAUCUGCCUGAUCCCUCUCAUGGUUAGCCUAGUAGUGCUCAAGACCAAGAAUGGGGAUGGCAGCUCCUAAAGGUCAGCUCUACUUGAAGGAUAUCAUAUUUUUGACCUACACUCACCCUCCUAUCCCAACCUGAGGACUAAAGCAAUCUUUCAGAAAAGCUUCAGAUGCACUUUCAUCUCACCAGUGAUCUUGCAGAGGACUGAACCUUUCUGCACUCCAAAAUUCAAAUGAAAUCUAAGAUAUACGCGGCAGAGGAAACCGAGAAGGCGACACUGAUGUAGAUUGAAUAUCAUCAAAAUAACUGAUUCUGUUCAACAACAACCUCCCUGAUGCUGACAGGAACACUGUGAUAAAAUCUAUGUGAUAAACAAUUCUGUACCAUUCUGUGACAAAAAUGUUGUUUUCAACCUACCAACUCGAUAUCUGAACACGUAUCUUUUGCUCUAACUUUGCUGUUGUGAAAACAGAGCUAGAUUUUUUUUACUGGAAAACCCACAAUUCAGGGUUAUGUUGACAAAAGCUUCGGAGCUUGCAAAAGUCAAAAUGUAUUUGUAUUGACACUCCGCAUUAUGUUGGAUAGCAGUUGUGUUGAUAAAAGACAAGGUCAUUUUUAGUACUGAACUCUGGAACUCUUCUUAUGCAGUUUUUCUACCCUGCUUUGAGCCACUAAUUCAAACGUGUUUAUGCAGAGGAAAAGGGUAAUCUAUAUGUGUAAAAAAAAAGACAGGUAAAUAAGUAUAGUGUGAUGUAUGGACCUGGUGAUGUGAGUCAUAAUAUAGGCAUGGUUUUAUGUUACUGAUGGGACACCAUGAGAAAGGGGGAUUUAUUUCCAGGUAUAUCUUUGAGCAGCUGAAAACCCUUCAGCACUUUCUCCAGUCCAACAAUGAUAAUCUUCAUGACCAUGUGAUGAGCUAAUUGAAGCGUAAUCAUUAUUAACAUAACCACUGACAGACAGACAGACAGACUGACUGACUGAAUGACUGACUGACUGACUGACUGACUGACUGACUGACUGACUGACUGACUGACUGACUGACUACAGACAGACAGACAGACAGACAGACAGACUAAUAUUCUGUGCAGCAUGGCGAUGAACACUGAGAGAAGACACAAAGAUAAAAUAUUUAUCUUUCACCUGAAUCAUGAUUUGUGUGUAAUGUUCAAUCUUGAAUGACGAUAAAGUCAAUGUAAUGGCUUUCAGAUUUGUAACAAAAUGUGUAUUUAUAUACUGUUUUAUAUAUUGUCCUUACUUUACCCUCUGAAAAAAACACAAUCAGACUGCUCUCAAACCAUUUACUGUAUGUAUUUUUAUAUACUUUUUUUAUAUUUAAAGCAAUUAAAUAUACUGUUGG